GGGAAACAAUCGGUUACCAUAACAACUGACCCCGCCCUUAUAGUGAUUGACAUCCCAGGAAGAUUGUCCCUUCCCGGAAGUCGUACAGGAUCCAGGCGUGUCACUCCCGGAUUCAGAUGUCCUCUCCGGAGGUGACGGUGACGGUGCGAUUGGUCCGAUCCUUCGAGCAUCGGAAUUUCCGUCCGGUUGUCUAUCAUGGGAUGGACUUGGAUCAGACGGUGCAGGAAUUCAUCGAAUAUAUAAAGAAAGAUGUGGCGCAGCGGGUUGGAUUGCCGCCUCCAUUCAAGAAGUACGGCUACGAUACAAUGAAGAUCAUCCACCAGGCACAUGGAGCCAAGACCAAUGAGCUGGUGGUGGGUCUGGAGGACGAUGAGAAGCUGAUCCUGGGCAGUGGACAGACCCUGCGGGAGGCCGGCGUAGUCCAUGAGACGGAAAUCGCCCUCUUCUGCGACUCCGACUACCGACAGUACAAGGAGAAUCCCGUCUGCAGCUGGUGACCGGAACCUUCCGCCAUCUUCUCUGACCCCGGAGGAUUCUGGGAACUCGCACACGGAAUGUUCUUCUGAUUGGUAGUGAUAAGACUUUAAUCUCCUCCCCCAUCACGCAGACCAAUAAACUGCCUCCCCAACCCCCGCUCUGUGUACAGCUCACUUCUUGGGGGGGGGGGGAAGCCCCCAUGACUCCAGGGGGAGGGGUGUCUGAGAUUUACACAGCAAAGUUUUUGCUCUGAUGCAGUUUGGAAACACAGGUCUCCCCCCUCCCCCCCUAGCCUGUGAUUGGAUGAUGAAAGGAACAGCAGCAGACUGAUGAGCUCCUCCCUGGCACUCUGCUCUCCCCUCCUAUUGGCAUGCCUUUUAGGCUGCAGCACUUCUAAUUGGCUCCUUGUUCUGCUUUUUCAGUCUCUCCCAGUCUGAGCUCUGCUGUACAGAGAUUAUAGGAGGAUGGCGGUCAUUAUGCGGCUUGUAAUAAAUAAUAUGAACGCA